CUGCAAUUGUCGCCGUCGCCGCACACAAGCACCCAAUAAAUCACACGCCCCAGUGCCAGCCGCACCCAAGACUAGAGGCUCCAGGCUCCAGGCUCCAUAAUUCCCUCCUCAUCCUCCACCAUCCUUGCAUGUGAAACGGCCCAGCGGGAAAGCAGCUGCCGUCCUGUUUUUGCUCUGGCGCCGAGGUAUUCCGCACCCAGCUGGGGCUAAACGAGCCAAUCACCGUGCUCGUGAUCGCUAUUAGUUAUCGCCCAACUUGCGCCAGCUUUGUGGCCUUCUUUUCCUCUGCUCCCUCCAUCACUCCUCCCUCCACACCCUCCUCUGCAAUCUUCACCAUGCAGAAGUUCUCGAGGCUCGGCCGCAUGGGCCAGAGCCUUGCUUCGCGCAGGCAAUUGGCCACCGUCAGCGAUGCUGCCCUCUCCCGCAAGGUCGAGAUGACCAACUGGGAAAAGGGCCACUACAUCAACUACCAGAAGAUGAGCGAGAACCUGGGCAUUGUCCGCUCUCGUCUCAACCGCCCCCUCACCUUUGCCGAGAAGAUUCUCUACUCGCACUUGGACGACCCUCACGGUCAAGAGAUUGAGCGUGGUGUCAGCUACCUCAAGCUCCGUCCCGACCGUGUGGCCUGCCAGGAUGCCACUGCCCAGAUGGCCAUCCUCCAGUUCAUGUCGGCUGGAAUGCCCUCCGUUGCUACCCCUACCACUGUCCACUGCGACCAUCUCAUCGAGGCUCAGGUCGGCGGCGAGAAGGAUUUGGCCCGCGCCAACGAGAUCAACAAGGAAGUCUACAACUUCUUGUCCACCUCUUGCGCAAAGUACAACAUUGGUUUCUGGAAGCCCGGCUCUGGUAUCAUCCACCAGAUUGUGCUCGAGAACUACGCUUUCCCUGGUGCUCUCCUCAUCGGUACUGAUUCGCACACUCCCAACGCUGGUGGUCUUGGUAUGGCCGCCAUUGGUGUUGGUGGUGCUGACGCUGUCGACGUCAUGGCCGGCCUUCCCUGGGAACUCAAAGCUCCCAAGGUCAUUGGUGUCAAGCUGACUGGUCAGCUGUCUGGCUGGACUGCUCCCAAGGACAUUAUUCUCAAGGUCGCCGGUAUUCUGACUGUCAAGGGUGGAACUGGCGCCAUCGUCGAAUACCACGGACCCGGUACCGAGAGCCUGUCCUGCACUGGCAUGGCCACCAUCUGUAACAUGGGUGCCGAGAUUGGUGCUACCACCUCGGUCUUCCCCUUCAACGACCGCAUGUACGACUACCUCGCCGCUACCAAGCGUAGCCAAAUUGGUGACUUUGCCCGCGACUACGCCAAGGAGCUCCGCGAGGAUGAGGGUGCCGAAUACGACCAACUCAUCGAGAUCAACCUUUCCGAACUCGAGCCUCACAUCAACGGUCCCUUCACACCCGAUCUAGCUACACCUAUCAGCAAGUUCAAGGAGGCUGUUGAGGCCAACAAGUGGCCCGAAGAGCUCAAGGUCGGUCUCAUUGGUUCUUGCACCAACUCUUCGUACGAAGAUAUGACCCGCGCUGCCUCCAUUGCCGAGGACGCCAUGUCCCACGGUCUCAAGGCUAAGUCUCUCUUCACUGUCACCCCUGGUUCCGAGCAGAUUCGCGCCACCAUUGAGCGCGAUGGUCAGCUCAAGACCUUUGAGGAGUUUGGCGGUAUGGUUCUCGCAAACGCUUGUGGUCCUUGCAUUGGUCAGUGGGACCGUAAGGACGUCAAGAAGGGCGAGGCCAACUCCAUCAUCUCUUCUUACAACCGUAACUUCACUGGCCGCAACGACGCGAACCCCGCCACCCACUCUUUCGUCACCUCCCCUGACCUCGUUGUCGCCAUGACCAUUGCUGGAACUUUGAAGUUUAACCCUCUUGUCGACACGCUAAAGGGAGCUGACGGCAAGGAGUUCAAGCUCAAGGAGCCCACCGGUUUGGGUCUUCCCACCAGCGGUUACGACCCUGGCCAAGACACCUACCAGGCUCCUCCCGAAGACCGUACUUCCGUCCAGGUUGCCGUGUCUCCCACCUCUGACCGUCUCCAGCUCCUUUCUCCCUUCUCUGCUUGGGACGGAAAGGAUGCCAAGAACCUCCCUAUUCUCAUCAAGUGCCAGGGCAAGACCACCACUGACCACAUCUCCAUGGCUGGUCCCUGGUUGAAGUACCGUGGACACUUGGACAACAUCUCCAACAACAUGUUGAUUGGUGCAAUCAACGCUGAGAAUGGUGAGGCCAACAAGGUCAAGAACGCCCUCACCGGCGAGUACGGCGCGGUCCCCGAUGUUGCUCGUGACUACAAAAAGAACGGCAUCCCAUGGGUUGUCAUUGGUGACUGGAACUACGGCGAGGGUUCUUCACGUGAGCACGCUGCGCUUGAGCCCAGGCACUUGGGUGGUGCCGCCAUCAUCACCCGUUCGUUCGCUCGUAUCCACGAGACCAACUUGAAGAAGCAGGGUAUGCUUCCUCUUACCUUCUCUGACCCUGCCGACUAUGACAAGAUCGGCCCCAACGACCGUGUUGACUUGGCCUCCACCGAGCUCGCCCCUGGCAAGCCCCUCACCAUGACCGUCCACCCUGCCGAUGGCAGCAAGCCUUUCGAGGUCAAGCUCUCUCACACCUUCAACGAGGGCCAGAUUGAGUGGUUCAAGAACGGCAGCGCUCUUAACACCAUGGCCAAGAACGCCCAGCAGUAAAUGCUCGGAUGGAAACCAGGACGACCACAAAAUCACCACUGGGGAUGUAAAUACAGCAGGAUGGAACAACCCGCGAAAGCCUAGCCAGCGGGGCAGAAGAUUUCCGCCUCUGAGGAAGAUGGAUAACCAUGAGAGGGUUGAACGACUGUACGAAUGGCCGCAUUGGGAGCUUUCGUUGUCGGGUUACUAGGCUCAAUGAGGAUAGGUUUACUUGUACUUGUGACGGUUAGCAUGCAAUGUAUGAAUGAUUUUUUGUUGUUAAAACCGGUGUAUGCAAUUGUGAUUUUGGCUGGCACUGCAAAAUAUCCAAGU